CGAGAUUAUGAUUUUUCUUUUCUCGUUUUUGGUUCUUUUGGUCUUCUUGAUGCUGAAUACAUAUUCCGUUUUAUUCUCCUCCAUUUUCCUUAUUUUUCCAGUCCGUUCUAUCGACCGAUCUCACGGACAACUCGCUCAUCGUUUAAUUCAGCAAAUCUCCAUUGAAAUAUAACGGGCAUGGGUCUCAACGCAGCUAAAUAAUCGAUCAUGACCCUGGACUCUCCACUUGCCUUCACCACGCAUCGACCCCUUCUAUCGUGCCCCCAAACCCCAGUCGCAACCUACCCCUCCACGCCAUUCUGUCCAUCCUAGUCCACUAUUUCACAGCCUCCGGUUGUGUCGCGCAGCUCGUUCCAGGCUCCCUCUCGGGAUCCUCAUCCUUUUCACUUCGACCUUAUCCGAUUGUUAUUUGUUUAUACUUUCUUAUCCCUGGACCGACAGGAUCGACUGGACCGAGUCCUAGACCCAUAUCCCCUUUCACCGUUUCUCGACCCUACCGGUACCUUAUUUCUAUCCAACCGUACCGGUCUGCGCCUGCUAAACUUCGGGUCUUCCGACGUCUCUCUUCUAUCCACGCCUCGGACUGCGCCAAAUUUCGGACCUUAAAUCCUAGUUCUUUUCUAUUUUUCUUGUCCUUCUUCCCCCCCCCCCCCCUGAUUCUUGUCCUUGUCCUCCCAUCCUUUUAUUCUGCAUCAAAGCUGGAGAUUCUAUCCCAGACCACGACGGAGGCCUUUCCUGUGACCGGCAUGGUACAGACUGACCUUGGUCCUCUUGCGGUGUCAAAAUACAAGGAAGAGCCAGUUGAUGAUUCAUUUCGACACGGUAGUUCGGCGCGUCCGAGCCCACACCAUUUGCAAACUCUCCAGCAGCCGCGAUUAGGUCUUGCGCCUCUUGGAAAACAAAGCCCUAUCUCCCCAGCCCAUUCUACGACCUCCAUUCAAUCCUCGACUUACUCUUCACAUCAUCCACUGGGAAACGGCGUGAUACAGUCUCAUAGCCCGUACGGAGCACCGCCGCAAGAGUCACCCUACUAUACUACCCAUCCGACGUCAUAUACAACCGCCCAAGCUUCAAACCCAUAUCCUUCAAGUGGAUCACCAGACCUCAUGGCAACCACCGCUCAAAUGCAGAGACCUUCUUACCCACCAAUCUACCACACACCUCAAUCAAACUCGCCAGCAUCCGUCGCUUCGCAGCCGCAUGAUCAGCAUGGUCGCAACAUGUACACGCACUCCCCCCAAAUGCCGCCCCAGAUGUACGGCUAUCACCCAUAUUCGCCGAUGAAUCCGGUGCAACCGUCGCCUUAUGCAGCGCAUCCUUCCCCUCAAUCUCACACCCUCACCUCGCAAUCCAUGAUGAUGCCCCCUCAGACGACGACGGCACAGAUGUCGCCGCAUCAGCCAUCACACGCCUCCAAUUCCGCGCUAUCCAGCAGCCCCGUCAUGAAAAUGGACCCGACCACCCAGUCCGCAUCAGCCCAACGACCCAUGCUGAAUCAACCCCUCCCAUCACCCUCCAACACCGGUCUCCAGGCAGCCGGCGUGCAUCAAACGUCUCCGCUGGGAACGAGUUCGAGCGCUGCCCCAGGCCCUAUCCCGGCCACCACGCCACUGGUGGUGCGACAGGAUAGCAACGGUGUGCAAUGGAUUGCAUUCGAAUACUCGCGAGACCGCGUCAAGAUGGAGUACACGAUCCGCUGCGACGUCGAGUCCGUCAACGUGGACAAUCUCAGCCAAGAUUUCAAAACGGAGAACUGCGUCUACCCCCGCGCCUGCUGCAACAAAGACCAAUACCGUGGUAACCGGCUUGUCUACGAGACCGAGUGCAACACCGUUGGCUGGGCCCUCGCCGAACUGAACCCGUCCCUUCGCGGUAAACGCGGACUCAUUCAGCGCGCCGUCGAUAGCUGGCGAAACAGCAACCAGGACCCGCGUCUGCGCAGUCGACGUGUCCGCCGCCAGGCCAAGGUCAACUAUCGCAAACAGUCGAUGGCUCCGCCAACGCCGCAUAUGACGGCUACCGGUCCCGUGGGGCCCAGUUUGCCUAGUACCUCGACGAUGGCUGGGCCUCAGGGUCCGCGGCAUAGUAUAUCUCAUCCGGGGCCUAUGUCGAUGGGCCCGCCGCAGUUGCAUCACCAUCACGCUCAACCGGAUGGUAGCCCUAAGAUCGAGGAAGUUAGCGGCGCCGCAGACUACAUCAACCCACCUCAGCGUCCCAUUGACUCGACCCGUCUACCACCCGCACCAUUCGCCAGUGACAUUCGAUCCGCCCAAGUCUUCCACGAUGCCACCACGAUUCCUACGUCCGCCAGCAUCGGUCCAUCCAUGCCACCCCGGCUCCGCGACAGCAGUCUCGGCGCACUCGGUCGCCACCAUACCAUCGCAACUUCAUCCAGCCAGAUGGACAGCACGAGCGCGGAGGUCGAAGAAGUCGACGUUAGCCCCAGCAACGAAGACCUCUUCGGCCAACUCCCCGACGGCAAACGGCGCACCUUUAUCCUAGUCGAGGAUCCGCAGCGCGGAGCCCGCGUCCGCGUCAAGGUCCAGCUGGAUAAAGUCAACAUGGACGAGAUCCCGGAUUCGUAUCGCAUGUCCAACGCCGUCUACCCGCGGACCUACUUCCCCGUGCAGAUGAAAGAUGCGUCCGGCACGAGCGUCCCGAACAAGCGAUUUUUCCAUGACGGGACCGAGCACACGGAUGAUUCCGAUGCCACGGUCGGCCGAACGAGUGUUUUGGCACCCUCCCUCGAUGGAGAGCGUGAGAUCGACGUACCGCAGCUUUCGCGUCGUAGACACCACAAAGAAGUCCUGUUGAACGACCUCGGAUACCGACUCAGCUGGAGCCAGAGCCGCGUGUUUGCCGGGCGAACGCUAUUUUUGCAGCGAUCACUGGACGCUUACCGAAAUAAAAUGCGUAGCAGUAUGCUGGCUGCGGGCCAGGAUGCGACCGAGAUUCCGGAGCAUUUUGAUACUCGACGGGGCAAGAGGAGGUUUUUGGAACGUGGGGAACGGAGGUUAGAGAUGGAGACGGGGCCGAGUGCGUCGCAGAGGAGUGCGGAGGAGGUGGAGGCUUGAUGACUGAGGAUUGAGGAUUGAUGAUUUGAUGAACGAGUCUAUCUAAGGUAUACGGAGUUUAUAUACUUGGGUUCGGGAUGAUGUCUAUUCUGGUAUCUGGAUGAGUGAUGCCGGUUUGACCAUGAUCAUGAUGAUGAGAGAUGAUAUUCUGAACUUAUGACGAGAUGACUGUUUACGUGAGUGAUUACUCUCUAUGGGUUGACGGUCGUUAAAUAUUUGUUUCUUGUUGAUGGUUUCGUCCUUGUUCUUUAUGCACUGGUCACCGAUCUGGGGCCCACGUUUGUUUGUUUUCGGCCAUGUAUGGAGAAGGGAUCGACAAACCGACCCCAAAAACAAGAAAGGACGGACGAGCGGGAAUGAAUUCAUGACGGCGCAGGGAUUGGCUUUGUAUGAUGGAUUUAUUUGGAUUGAUUCGGGCUUACGAGCCCCGAGUGUGAUGCACUUAUCGUUGCUUCUCUCAUGAGGUUCUUCCAAUACAUACGGUUAUUGCCAUGAGCUUGGACUCGGAGCUUUGACCACGGAUUCAAUAUUUGGGAUCAGCCAAGUGAAAGGAUCGGAUGCUUAGGCAUCGCGUAGUUCUGAUGAUUCAGAUGAUUCAGAUGUCUUGUGCAAAGACUAUGCUGAGACC